GAGAGCACCAAAAAACCCGAUUGUAACAGAGUUAACUACUGCAACUGUACAACUCUUCCUUCCUUCCUUCCCUACCCGACAGCUAACACCAAUUCCGAAACGCAUACUGGCUGCGGCAAUGGAGGCUCUGAAAUCUUCACUUCCAAUCUUAUCAUUCUUCUUGUUGCUCUCACUCCAUUCCGAUUCUUUCAUCUGCACAGCUCUCGCCGACGGUGUCACUCCCGCCGAAGCCAAGCAACUCCGGGACGAGGUCAGGGAAAUGUUUUAUCAUGCAUUCAAUGGAUAUAUGGAGCAUGCUUUUCCUUUGGAUGAGUUAAGGCCUCAUUCUUGUGCAGGUGAAGAUUCACUUGGUGGUUAUGCCCUAACUUUGAUUGAUUCCUUAGACACACUAGCUUUACUUGGUGAUCGAGAACACUUUGCCGCCUCUGUUGAAUGGAUUGGUAAAACACUACGGUUUGAUAUAAAUAAGACAGUAUCUGUUUUUGAGACAACCAUCCGCGUCCUUGGGGGUUUACUCUCUGCACAUCUUAUAGCAAGUGAUUAUUCCACGGGCAUGAAAAUUCCAACCUAUGACAAUCAAUUACUUACCUUAGCUGAGGAUCUUGCCCGGAGAUUGUUACCUGCAUUUGAUACUCCUUCAGGAAUUCCUUUUGGAUCUGUCAAUCUAAUGCAUGGAGUUGAUGAACAUGAAAGCAAGAUAACAUCGACAGCUGGUGGUGGGACCUUGACUUUGGAAUUUGGAGUGCUCAGCCGUUUGACAAAAGAUCCCAUUUUUGAACAAGUUACCAAGAAUGCAGUGCGUGGACUUUGGGCUCGCCGUUCAAGGCUCAAUUUAGUUGGUGCUCACGUUAAUGUUUUUACAGGUGAAUGGACACAGAAGGAUGCUGGAAUAGGAACUAGUAUUGACUCUUUCUAUGAGUAUCUUCUAAAGGCUUAUUUAUUGUUUGGAGAUGAAGAGUAUCUUUUCAUAUUUCAAGAAGCUUAUGCCGCUGCUAUGCACCAUCUUUACAAUGAUCCUUGGUAUGUAGAGGUAAAUAUGGAUUCUGCUGCUGUUGUCUGGCCAUUAUUUAACAGUUUGCAAGCAUUCUGGCCCGGACUUCAGGUUUUAGCUGGAGAUAUUGAUCCUGCCAUUCGAACACAUGCUGCCUUCUUUAGUGUGUGGAAAAGAUAUGGUUUUACUCCAGAGGGCUUUAAUCUUGCUACGCUCAGUGUGCAGCAUGGACAAAGAAGUUAUCCACUGCGUCCAGAAUUAAUGGAGAGCACAUAUUGGCUCUAUAAGGCAACUAGAGAUCCAAAGUAUCUUGAUGCUGGACGAGACAUGAUUGCCAGCUUGCAGCACAGUGCACGAUGCCCCUGUGGAUUUUGUCAUAUAUCAGAUGUUGAGUUCCACAAGCAGGAAGAUCACAUGGAGAGCUUUUUCCUGGCAGAAACGGUUAAAUACCUGUGGCUUCUUUUUGAUUUAGCUGUGGGACCAGAUAACCUUGUUGAAAAUGGGCCAUACAAGUACAUAUUUAGUACCGAAGGCCACUUAUUGCCUGCAACCCCUGAAAUAGCUCUUGUGCAGGAACAUUGUUCAUAUUUUGGGGCUUAUUGUAACACUGGCAACAUUAGAAAUGAAUCUCAAGCUUCCGAUGUUCCAAGUAAUUCUCAAGAAACUUAUGAUGGUAGCUUAUAUGGAAGGGUCCGCACUGGAAUUCCUUCAGACUCGUCUUUGUCGGAUUCUACCUCUAUAUCAGGAUUGAUAAAAGGGGUUUGCCAAGGACUAACUCAUGGGCAGAAAUUUGGUAUAUCAUAUGUGUCCUCAAGCCACAAAGCUCCUGAGAAGUCCAGAAACCAAAGACAAUCGAACGUUGCUGAGAGCCAGUCUGUGAUGAUUGUCGGAAGCCAAACUUCUGAUUAUUCAUCAUCAGAGAACAAGAAUUACCAUGAGAAAUCUCCGGAAUCAAGUGACGGAAGACCAGGGAGGAACACACCUCAAAAAUCAUGACAGCGCUGUUUUAUUCGAUUGAACUUGUUUUUAGCCUCGUAAUAAUCACAUGGAGCUCACGGGUGGAAACAUGGACAAUGAAGUUAUGUUGAAGAUCUGCCUUGCUGGUUCUACUGCCCCUGAUACCCCAACACUGGCAUGUGGUCACUUGCUAGGCUCAUGUAACUCGGCGUAUUGUAGCAUAACAUAUGUACAUUUUCAUUUUCUUUCCGGUAGGUCUCAAAAGUCUGUUUUUGAAACUGGGGGUCAUCGGCUUCGGUAUGAAUAGGAAUUCAGAUAUUCUUGGAGAAGGGGAAGGAGCUGGACAUUUUCGCUCAUGGAACUUAUGUCAGAGGACCGAAUAUAGUGAGAUACCUUAGUUUUACAUGUAUUCUAAAUACAAACACAGGUGAGAGGCUUACAUAGAGUUACAGCUGAUUCUUUGUUGGCUUAUGCCCGUUUGGUGGAGGAUUGGCGACUUUGAGGUCAAGGUUGUUUUUAAGAAUUAUAAGUUGUUUUGAAUCCCAUUAUCUACUCCUUUACGGUUUUCAAUAUCGAUUGUUUGAACUCCAAUGGCAUUGUAGCUCAAGUGGUUAAGAG